AACAUUUAAACUUAACAUUUGGAACUGUUCGGAUGUCUUCGCGCAUCGAGCACCCGAUAUUUGGGUUCAAAAUAUAUAUGUACACACAAGCUAUAUACAUACAUAUAUGAAAUAGCAGCAGCAGUGGCGAAACUGAAAAGGAAAACACACAACUGAGAAAAACAAAAACAGAGAGCACACCAAGAAAAAAACGCAGUGUUUUUCCUCGUUUUUACGCGCGCGGAAAAUUUUUUGUGUGUGUGCGUGUGUGUUGGUGUUGUUAUUAUUUUUUUCCUGCGCCUUCUCGCUGCAUAUUCUACAUUGUUUUAUUUUGUGUAAAACGUUAUUUUUUUUUUGUUUCUUGACCGUUUUGAGUGAAAACCAAAGUGAAAAACGCAAAACACACAACAGACCAACAAAAAGUGCAAGUUACAAUAAUUGCAAAAAACACAAAUCCCAAUCAGAGGAAAAAAUUCAAGAAAAAUAACUGUUUUGUGUUCGAAAAAAGGAGCAAAAGAAACUAAAGACCAACAAAAAAAGGAAAAAAAAAGCAACAGCAAAAACAAAAAAAAAAAAGCAACAGUAAAUGAACCGUUUCACAGUAGUUGUUUAUUAUUCUCGUCUAUUUACAUAUAUAAAUCGUUUUGUUGUGUGUUUUUUUGGUUGUUGUUUUUGUUGUUUAAUGUUGUUGUUCUCGGGCGUGACACCACACCCCCGAAACACCCCACCGGCCUACCCAUGAAAUGCAAAAGUUGGUCGAAUAAAAUCAACAAUUUUGUUGUGCGUCGCCUCAAGUCCAUAAAGAUUAACGGUACACAGCAGCAGCAACAACAGCUCCAAUCGCCAACGCCAACACCUAACAGCAUUGUCAUACCAGCAACAGUUGCCGUAGCAGCCGCCUCAUCAUCAUCGUCGUCGUCGAGUAGCAGCAGCAGCAGCAGCAGCAGCGGCAGUUGCUCUAGCAGCAGCAGUAAUAAUCUAGACUAUUCACAAUUCACAAUUGCUGCUGCAACAACGGCGGCAACAACAGCAUCAACACAAGCGGCAACAAUGCCGGCUAUGCCAAAGGAGAAAGCCACAACAGCCGUGUCCUUAAGUGAAACAAAUUUCUCGGAAUUACAACUAAAAGAACUGGUUGUUGUUGUUGAAGCAAUGGCCACCACAGCGGCGGCAGCAACACGAUUGCAGCAGCAGCAACAUGGCACAUGUGGCUGUGGCGCUGCAUCGGCAGCAACAACAGCAACAACAGUAACAACAGCAACAUCAGCAGCGGCAGCAGCAGCUGCAGCAGCAACAGAGAACAACAAUAAUAGUCGUUAUGGCACUAUCAACAAAUAUCUGACAAACGGCCACACAUCGCCUUUGGCGGCAGCCGUGGCCAGCAACAGCUCGUCAGUAGCCUCAACACCGCAGUGCAGUAAAAUGUGCUGUCGUCAGCAAUAUCAGAAUGGAAUACGCCAUGAGCAACGGUUGCAGCAGCAGCAACAACAGCAGCAACAGCAACAACAACAACAGUCAUUACAACAGCCAACACCCGCACAGCAGCAACAACAACAGCAAACAACGCCUCCUCCACGAAGGUCACCAAAUGAUUUUAUUUUUGGUCGAUACAUAGGCGAAGGAAGCUUUAGUAUGGUUUAUCUGGCCGUUGAUAUACACUCGCGACGUGAAUAUGCAAUCAAAGUCUGCGAAAAGGGUCUGAUAUUGCGUGAACGUAAACAGGACUAUAUUAAACGGGAACGCGAAGUGAUGCAUAUGAUGACCAAUGUUCCCGGAUUCGUGAAUCUAUCGUGCACAUUUCAAGAUCAACGUUCCCUCUACUUUGUAAUGACCUAUGCCCGCAAAGGUGACCUAUUGCCGUAUAUAAAUCGUGUCGGUAGCUUCGAUGUGGCCUGCACACGGCAUUAUGCUGCCGAAUUAUUGCUGGCCUGUGAGCAAAUGCAUCGUCGCAAUGUUGUCCAUCGGGAUCUGAAACCGGAGAACAUAUUGCUCGAUGAGGAUAUGCAUACACUGAUUGCCGAUUUUGGUUCCGCGAAAGUGAUGACACCGCGUGAACGUGCCUAUGCUUCGGAGCAUUGUGCGGCGACAUCGACCACCGAUGAGGAUGAUGUCGAUGAUGAUGAGUAUUAUGACCAAGAUUUGGACGACGAUGAUGACGAUGAUGUUGAUGACGAUGACUAUGAGGUGGAUGUGGAUGAUGAUGAGGAACAGCAGCAACAGCAUAAUAGUAGCGCUGCCGACGAAGUGGAUUCACCCCGACGACACAAUCAUCAUCAUCAUAAUCAAGAUCAUCUAUUGUUGCGACAAAAUCGUCGCGAACGUCAGAGGCUCCUGCAAUAUACUCGUGCCCAACAGCAACGCCAUAAUCCCCGGCGACGUGGCAGCUUUGUGGGUACCGCUCAGUAUGUGUCGCCCGAAGUGCUACAGAAUGGCCCAAUUACACCGGCCGCUGAUCUAUGGGCAUUGGGAUGCAUUAUCUAUCAAAUGAUCUCUGGUCUGCCGCCAUUCCGUGGCAGCAAUGACUAUGUCAUUUUCAAAGAGAUCCUUAGAUGCUCGGUUGACUUUCCCCAGGGCUUUGAUAAGGAUGCCGAGGAUUUGGUGCGAAAACUAUUGAAAAUCGAGCCACGUGAACGUCUUGGAGCUCAGGAUGAGUUUGGUUUCUAUGAGAGCAUACGUUCCCAUCCCUUCUUCAAUGGCAUCAAUUGGCAAACUCUGCGCCAACAGACACCACCACCAAUCUAUCCAUAUUUGCCCGGUGUGAAUCAGGAUGAGGAUUUCCGUUCCACUGUCUAUAGUGUGCCCGGUGAUCUAGAGCCUGGCCUAGAUGAACGCCAAAUAACCAGAUUGCUGAGUGCUGAACUUGGAGUGGGCAGCAGUGUGGCCAUGCCCGCCCAACCAUCAACCUCAAAAAACUCCUUUGACCUGAGCGACUCUGAGAAGCUGCAACGUUUGGAGGCCCAAAAGACUGAUAAAUGGCAUGUAUUUGCCGAUGGCGAGGUUAUACUCAAAAAGGGUUUCGUCAAUAAACGCAAGGGUCUGUUUGCCCGCAAGCGUAUGCUACUCUUGACAACAGGACCCCGCCUUAUUUACAUUGAUCCAGUGCAAAUGAUCAAAAAGGGUGAAAUACCAUGGAGUCCCGAAUUGAGAGCGGAAGUUAAGAAUUUUAAAAUCUUCUUUGUGCAUACGCCCAAUCGCACUUAUUAUCUAGACGAUCCGGAGGGUUAUGCCAUGAAUUGGUUAAAAGCUAUUGAAAAUAUGAGCAAAUUAAGUUAUGGCGAAGCGUCAGCGGCAGCGUCCUCAUUAACAGCAACAACAACAACAACAACAACGACAACAACAUCAGCAGGAGCAACAAUAAUAUCAACAGCAACAACAAAUUAUGGCGGUAGCAACAAUAGCCUUGCCAUUGUUCAUAAUAUAAACAUAAUCAAUGCUGCUGCUGCAACAGCUGCAUCACCUGCAACAUCUCUAGCAUCAGCAGCAACAACAACAUCGUCAUCAUCAUCAUCAUCAUCAUCAUCAUCAUCAACAACAUCAUCAGCGGCUGCUGGCGCCGCCGCCACCUCAUCGAAUAGCUCGCCAACAGCUCGACGAAGUUCACCGGUUGCAGCUGUCUGCCGGCAUCUUUUGGAGUCAACAACAAGAUCAUCAUCCUCCUCAGCGACGGGGACAUCGCCGUCCAAAAAAACGGCUUCAAAUUAAGCAUUAAAUCUAAAGCAGAAUGCAAUUAAAUAUAAUAUAUAUAUAUAAUAACUUUAGUUGAAAUUUAGUGAAAACCCCCAAUAUACAUACAUACA